AUGUCUGAUCACGAUAUUGCGGGCAACGAUGACUUGUCCUUGCCCAAGGCCACCGUCCAAAAGAUCGUCACCGAGAUUCUGCCGCCCUCAGCUGGCGUUGCCUUCGCCAAGGAGGCUCGUGACCUGCUUAUUGAGUGCUGCGUCGAGUUCAUCACCCUCAUCUCCUCGGAAGCCAACGAGAUCUCAGAGAAGGAGGCAAAGAAGACCAUCGCGUGCGACCACAUCACCAAGGCCCUCGAGCAACUGGGUUUCGCAGACUACGUCCCGGCCGUGCUAGAGGCCGCCGCAGAGCACAAAGAAGUGCAAAAGGGCCGUGAAAAGAAGGCAAACAAGUUCCAAAACAGCCAGAUUCCCCUUGAGGAGCUGGAGAGAAUGCAGAGAGAGGCGUUUGAAGAUGCCGCCAACCGCCACGCUUAA